CUCUCCCUCCCCAUCCAGCCAGCUCUGCUGUACCACACGUCAGCUGUCUUUGCCUCAGCUCUCGAGACGGCCACUCUCUUCUACCGCACCCAUCACAACCUCACCACCCUCCCUCUUCUCACCGACAGUCUCACCGCUGCUGGGAGAAAGAUAUGCAGUCUUGGAGUCUCUCUGCUGCUCCUGCCCGUUUUCCACUUCCUCCCUCCCCAUGGCAACCCCUGGCCCAUUUCCCAGCUCGCCCUCUCUCUCUCGCUCUGGCCCUUCCAAACUCCUCAAAACCGUUUGGUCCAAGAUCCAAAGAACGACACUCUGUCCCUAGCAACCAGCCUCAGAGGCACACCCCCUAAUUACCACUCAAACGGUAUAUCUUUUGCAACAAAAUUGUGCUUACCUCUACCAAUCAUCCAUGCAAUUUUUGGAAAGCUCUGUGCGACUGUACAGCUUGCUGUGCUGCAUCCAGAAGCCCCUCCCACUUGCCACACACCAACUUUAUUUCCCAGAAUUCUAUCAACCAGCGACAUAAUGACAGUCAGACAGAAGCACCAGUAUGUUGGGCCCGUCUCUCGCCUACAGACACAGUCCAGCACCAAACACCUCCUCCUCUCUCUCCUCUCCCUCGUGAACCCCCGCCACACGCGACAGUUCCCCGCCUACGCCGAGACCUGUCUGGACCACGACAACACCGCUGAACUAGUUCAGAACGUUUCGUCGCUAGCUGAUUGCUACUCUGUGGGGGGACCCCCCAGUGACGAGGACUCAGAUUGAAACUGAAAAUCAAUCAUCACACUGCAGGCAUAAUCACGAUAUUAUGUGUACAACCGGUUCAUAAAAUUGAUGGAUAAAAACAAAUCAUUGUGUGUGUUUGUUUGUUAGACCAGAAGAACU